UCGUCACAUCUUAAGGAUUUUGUCCCAGUAUGGUGCCGGAGUAUUUGAAUAUUUUAAUGCAAAAUCCAAGCAUAGUUGGAGAAAACAGAUAGAAGACCAAAUGACCAGGCUGUGCUCUCCUGGUUGCCACUCUGUCUCAGUCAAAUGGCAGCAACUCGAUCCAGAUGCUCCCGAGGCCCUGCAGGCCCCAGCCCAGGUGCCGUCCUUGUUUCGCAAUGAUCGACUCCUUGUCUAUGGAUUCAUUCCACACUGCACACAGGCAACCCUGUGUGCAUUCAUUCAAGAGAAAGAAUUUAGUACAAUGGUGUCAACUACUGAGCUUCAGAAGACAACUGGAACUAUGAUCCACAAGCUGGCAGCCCGAGCUCUAAUCAGAGAUUAUGAAGAUGGCAUUCUUCACGAAAAUGAAACCAGUCAUGAGAUGAAGAAACACACCUUGAAAUCUCUGAUUAUUAAACUCAGUAAAGAAAACUCUCUCAUAACACAGUUUACAAGCUUUGUGGCAGUUGAGAAAAGGGAUGAGAAGAAGUCGCCUUUUUCUGAUAUUCCAAAAGUUUCUGAACUUAUUGCCAAAGAAGACGUAGACUUCCUGCCCUACAUGAGCUGGCAGGGGGAACCCCAAGAAACUGUCCUGGACCAGCCUCUUUUAGCAUCCUCAGAGGGGCAAGACGUAUUUUCAUGCAAACGGAAAAAACGUUCGUCUAAAAAAAAAAUGAAGUUAUCUAAGUCACAAGUUUCUGAAGAUUUUGAAGAGGAUGGCUUAGCUGUACCAGAGGGUUUCACAUCAAAUGUGGAACGUGGAGACGAGGAAAAGAUACUAGAUUUAAGUUGGACACAGUCAUUUAAAGCAGCAGCAACCGAGCCACUGUUUAAGAAAGUCGGCUCACUGGAAACGUCUCCUUCCAGCCUUUUCGGUUCUUCUGCUCCAGCCUCUGGUUCCUCUUUUUUCCAGGCUGCCGGCUCUCCCAGUCCUGCUUCCAUGCCUCUCGCCUCAUUUCCUCAGUUACCUAGUUUGGGUUUUGCUGCUCCUCCCAGACAGUUUGACGCGUCUGACUUCAGAAACGGCCCUGUGCCUCGCCGUGGUGCUGCCCGCAUCCCACAGCUCCUGUCUUGUCCCAUAGGGCCUCCUCAGAACCCACCUUUGCCACCCCUCUGUGGCUCUGCUUUUGGGGGCUCGUUGUUCUCCACACAGUCUGCUCCACCGAAACCUCCCGGGCGCCCGAUGAGCAGGCCUCUCGCUGGCACCUUCCCUAAGCUGCAUUCUCCCCAGCUUCAUUCCUGUCUUCCCGCGGACCCUGAUCCCAUCAAAGGUUUUGGGUCUUAUCAGCCCUCUGCUUCCUCUCCUUUUCAUUUUCAACCUUCCCCAGCCUCUUUCAGUACCAACGUCGGGCUGCCAGUCGUACUUGAGCCUCUUUGCCGUCGGUCCUCAGCAGAUCUCUCUGUUCAAGAGAAAUCAGUGGGCAGUCCCGAAGGAAGUCAACGGCUUGACUUAGUUUCUCAGACUUCUGAAACAGAAAGUGUUGAGCUAUCAGAAGUACCUAGAAAUUGUGGCUAUUUACAAUUACAUGGUGACACAACAGUUGACAGUACCCCGUGCUUGCUGGAAGGAAUAGAGGAAGAUGAAGUAGUGUGCACACAACGCUGGCUGGAUGCUGGGCCUUGGACAGAACUCUUCAGUCUACAGACAGAGGAUGGCUUCUGGAAACUUACACCAGAACUGGGAUUUAUAUUAAAUCUUAAUACAAAUGCUUUACACGGCUUUCUUCAACAAAAAGGCAUUCAAUCUCUAGGCGUCCCCAAAUUACGGCCCGCGGGCUGCAUGCGGCCCCCUGAGGCCAUUUAUCCGGCCCCCCGCCGCACUUCAGGAAGGGGCACCUCUUUCAUUGGUGGUCACAGCGGAGUUCCCUUCCCUAGAAAGUCCCCGGCUCUGGCCCUCCCGGGCUUCCGCGCCUGGAGCCCCCCUACGGGGGAAUCCGGCACUGCCAGGUCCUCGUGGCCGCCCUCAGCCCCGGGACGCCCUCCGCCGGAGCCACGCCAACCCUCCCCAGCUGCGCGCGGCUCCGCAGCCGCUUCCGCUUCUCUCUCACCCUUGACCUUUUCGCCACACCCCCAGAACGCCCUCACGUUCUUCCGCCCAGGAUGCCGCGCGCCCCGCCCCAGCUGCUUCCCGUGGGCUACGCGGCGCUACGCCGCGCCCGCCUUUACAUGA